GCACAGAAGGAGCUGCACCCGCUUCCGUGUUUGUGUGAUCAGGGAGUGCACAGCCAGGGAGGUUCACUGUCUCCACUACUUCAUUCAUUUAGAAGAGUAACGCUUAGCCAGUGACCAGCAGGGAAAAUGUCGUGUGAUCUGAAGCAUGUAUUCGCCAGCCUCCCACAGAUGGAGAGGGGAACUUCAAAAGUGAUUGGCGGUGAUCCCAAAGGAAACAACUUCCUGUAUACCAAUGGGAAGUGUGUCAUCAUCAGGAACAUUGAUAACCCAGCUAUAGCAGAUAUUUACACGGAACAUGCACAUAACGUUAACGUUGCCAAGUACUCCCCCAGUGGAUUCUACAUCGCAUCUGGAGAUGUGUCUGGAAAGCUCCGUAUCUGGGACACCACCCAGAAGGAGCACCUGCUCAAGAACGAGUUCACCCCUUUCUCAGGCCCAAUCAAGGACAUUGCAUGGACAUCAGAUAACCAGAGGAUUGCCUUAGUUGGAGAAGGGCGAGAGAAGUUUGGGGCAGCAAUCCUUUGGGAUACUGGCUCCUCAGUCGGGGAAAUUUCAGGCCACUCUAAAUUAAUCAACAGUGUGGACAUAAAGCAGAGCCGCCCUUUCCGCCUGGCCACUGGCAGUGAUGACACCACAGGCUCCUUCUAUGAGGGGCCUCCUUUCAAGUUUAAAAACACAAAACAUGACCACAACCAGUUUGUCAACUGUGUUCGUUUCUCCCCUGAUGGAGCGCACUUCGUCACGGCUGGAGCUGAUGGCAAGAUGUUUAUGUACGAAGGAAAGACUGGGGAAUUCAUCAGCGCACUGGGUGGAGAAAAGGCCCACAAAGGAGGAAUUUAUGCAAUCUGCUGGAGCCCUGACAGCUCCCAACUCAUCUCUGCCUCAGGGGACAAGACGGUGAAACUCUGGGAUGUGGGUGCAGGUACGGCUGUCACCACCUUCAACAUGGGCUCCGAUGUGACAGACCAGCAGCUGGGCUGCCUGUGGCAGAAGGACCACCUUCUCGGCAUUUCCUUGUCAGGAUACAUCAACUACCUGGACAAGAACAACCCUGACCGGCCCAUACGUGUUAUUAAGGGUCACAGCAAAUCCAUCCAGUGUCUGACGGUUCACAAAAGUGAGGGACGACCAUACAUCUACUCUGGCAGUAAUGAUGGACAUGUCAAUUACUGGGAUGCACAUACUGGUGAGAACAACUGCUUCAGCGGAAAAGGCCACAGCAACCUGGUGAGCAAGAUGGCUUUUAACGAAGCAGAGGAGCUGGUGACCUGCAGCAUGGACGAUACCCUGCGCUACACCAACCUCAGCAAGAAGGAGUACUGUGCCCCUGAUGUAGUGAAGAUGGAUUUCCAGCCUAGAAGCGUGUCAGUAGCAGCAGAAAGACUGUCACUGGCUGUGUGCAUUGGCCAGGUUGUCCUGCUGAAGGAUAAGAAGAAAGUCUUCACAUUGGACAACAUGAGCUAUGAAGCAGAGGUCGGAGUCAUACACCCUGGGGGCAUCACUGCUGCAGUAGGGGGAAAAGAUGGGAAAAUCUAUCUGUACUCGGUUCAGGGCAACACUCUCAAGGACGAGGGGAAAACCUUGGAUGUUAAAGGGGCGGUCACAGACAUGGCCUACUCAAAUGAUGGGGCCUAUCUGGCUGUGAUAGAUGAGAAAAAGGUUGCCACAGUUUUUAAUGUGGCUGACGGUUACUCAGUCAAAAAUGAGUUCUACGGACACCAUGCCAAACCAGUGAGCUUGGCCUGGUCACCUGACAAUGAGCACUUUGCCACCGGAGGGAUGGACAUGAUGGUGUAUGUUUGGACCCUCAGUAAUCCAGACAAAAGGAUUAAGCACCCAGAUGCUCACCGGUUGCACCACGUGAGCGGUCUGGCCUGGGUAGAUGAGCACACUCUAGUCACCACCUCCCAUGAUGCCAGCAUUAAGCAGUGGACUAUUAAAUUCUGAGCUGCGCGCAGACGGAGAUCCAUAUCUCCAGGGACAAGGACUACUAUAGAAAUCAACCCUUCUUUUUUUUAACUGUUUUUCACUGUCUAGCAGUGGUCUAUGCUGUUGUAAACAUCGGAAAUGUUAAUGGUUAUUAUGGCUGGGAAAUGCUCUCAGAAAAAUGAUUGAAGAUAUGUCUCUCUGAUGCGAAUAACCUCAACUUACACAGAAACAAAGUGUUGGAGUAAACAAUAUAACCAUGAGUGCUUUUACAUCUCUUUUUGAGCGUUUUGGACCCAGAAAUUAUUUGUUAGCUCAACAUUCCAUAAGUAAUAGUUUUCAAUGCGUUUAACCUGAAACCUUUGUCUGGGGUUGGGCUCAGUACAUCUUAACCUACAGAUGAACCAAAAGCAAAUAGUUUUUUUAAAUCAACAAAAUAGUGUUUGAAAAAGAUUAAGCCUUUUGGUUACAUUUCUGAAAUGAGAAGUAACUGGUCCUUACUGCAGCUGCCUGUUCUGUUUAUUUCAAGUUUUUUUUAUAAAGAGUGGGUAUUUUUGCUUUUUGCUUUGUCUAAGGUGUCAUAAAUUGUGUGAUUGACUCACUGGGGAGCAAUAAUAGGAACAGAAAGAAGUUUGUGUACAAUCAGGAUGUGGUGUGUUCAUUGGAAGGUCUUGUGUUGUUGCUGUGUCUUUGUUUCGGCCCACUGUGCUUGUCUCACCUUUUUUUUUCUUAAUGUCAUUAUGCAUCCACUUCCAAACUGGAGGUGAUUCAUUAAUAAUAAUAAAAACACUUUUUAUGCAUUUUCCCUUUCA